AUGCACCUGGAAUUUAUGGACGGAAUGCAUAUUCCAGUUGUUAUUGCUUUGUCAGAUGAAGAGGGAUAUCAUGAGAUAUUUGAUGGUUAUCGUGCGAUGUUCAACUGUAGAGUGUACCAAAAGUCAUUCCUCGAUCCUGCUCUGGCUUUCGACGAGAUACUGCGCGCGGUGCUUGAUGAUCCAGCUCAGACCAACGGUACAGUUGAACAAUCCCAAACUCAGCCGGAGUAUGAAAUUUCUCAAGGAACACUGAGUGCCCCAGGACAUCGAAGCUACCUCCCUUCAAGCUUUUCGAUACCAAAUCCAUUUCUUCCUCUAGUUGGUAUUGUCCAGCCUUCUCAAUUUCAGUUAGCGCCAAUCGCCUCGGUACAAGGGAACUACCAAUUCUCGCAGCUCCAUGUACCACAAUAUCUACCUCCAACCGGCACCUUCCAGGACCUUCAAGACCACCUAGCCAUUCCAGCACAUCCAGCGCCACCUAAUCCACGGGUUGCACCCCAUCAGGCUAUUUCCACCGGGAAGGAGUGA